CCAAACACCAAGUGGCACUGACAAAGAGGGACACUACCACUUCCUAGCAGGCAUACCCAGGGUGAGUUUCAAACUGCACUGUGACUCUGAGCUCUCCUCCUGCUGUGUGCGUCUGUCUGUGCUCCACCUGUGAACGCCUGAUGGAUGCUGCUUUGUCUGUGUGUGUGCUGCUGCCACAAAGUGGAGGAGCGGUGGAUCAGGAGGAUGUCGGAGCAGCAGAGCGCCCCGGAGCAGCUGGCUGCUGGGAAGAGCCAGGGUGGAGCCGGUGCCACGUACAAGGUGGUGCUGUUCGAGUUCGAGAACUUCCAGGGCUGUAAGGCGGAGUUUUCUGCAGAGUGUAAAGACGUGACGGAGAAGGGACUGGAGAAGGUCGGAUCUGUGAUAGUGGAGUCGGGACCCUGGGCGGGUUACGACCGACACGGGUUCACAGGGGAGCAGUUCAUCCUGGAGAAGGGCGAGUAUCCACGCUGGGACACCUGGACCAACAGUCAGUGCAGCUACUCCCUCCUGUCUCUGAGGCCUCUCAAAGUGGACAGCGCCGAUCACAAGCUCCACCUGUACGAGAACCCUGGAUUUACUGGGAGGAAGAUGGAGAUAGUGGACGAUGAUGUUCCCAGUUUGUGGGGCCAUGGUUUCCAGGAUCGUGUGGCGAGCAUCAAGGCCCUGAAUGGAACAUGGGUCGGCUACAUGUACCCUGGCUACAGGGGGCGCCAGUUCAUCUUCGAGAGAGGAGACUUCAAGCACUGGAACGACUGGGAGGCCCCGGCGCCUCAGAUCCAGUCAGUCCGACGUGUGCGGGACAUGCAGUGGCACAAGAGGGGCUGUUUCAUCGUCCCUGACCCGGCUCCAGCUCCGGCUCCAGGCCCCGAUCCCGACCCCGCCCCAGCACCUCCUGCCCCGCCCGCCACAGCUGGAGCCAGCUGA